AUGUUGCAAAAGCGAGUUUUAAGUACUUCAGCCGUGCUUGCUGAUUCCACAUUCUCAUUAAACAACUGGCAAAAUUUUAAUACAAGACAACGACCUUUAAAAAGACAAGCUAAGGAUAACAAAGCACCUGGUCUUGUUGAUACUCUGCAAGUUGACCCAAUUGCAGCAGCUACCAAUGCUAGUGCAGCUACUCCGCAAUCAUUAUACCGAAGACCAACUCACCCUACCUCGGUCCCACUCUCCAAACUCUUUAGCAACAGUUUCCCACUUAGUAUAAAGGAAUCACUUGAAGAUUACAAAGUACGCCACGACCUGCUCAAGUUUCAGCAUGACUUGUUAUCGACACUACCGUUUUAUCCAAACCCAGACAAUAUGGGUCGCUCAUCUCAAGUACUAAAAGUACCAAUCGAUGACAAUGGCAAUUACAUUAAUGAAUUUGUUAUCUACCCCAGCGGUAAAACCGAAGUGGAUCUGCCGAAUAUGAAACACUUGGUUAUGAUCCACGGGUACGGUGCAGGUCUUGGUUUUUAUUUGAAAAACUUUGAAGCUAUUGCAACAAAGAAAAACUGGUGUAUCCACGCAAUCGAUCUCUUUGGCUAUGGGUGCAGUUCACGACCUCAUUUCCAUCCAGACAAUUUGGAAAAAGUGCAAGCUUGGUUUCACGACUCGUACCAGGCAUGGUUUGAUCAAAAACAAAUCAAAAAGGAAAACUUGUUGAUAAUGGCACAUUCAAUGGGUGCUUACCUAAUGGCCAUGUACGGUAUCCAACGUGACCCAUCUUUCUGCAAAAAACUAGUCAUGUGUUCGCCUGGCGCCAUAAUCAAACAUCGCAAAAAGGUGUUUGUACCAGAUUAUUUCAAGAGAUUGUGGGAGCAAAAUAUCUCACCAUUUACAUUGGUCCGUAAGAGUGGACCUUUGGGCUCAAAGUUGGUGAGCGGAUGGUCCUCAAGAAGGUUUGCCAAACUACACCCAAGAGAAGCCGAUUUAUUACACAAGUACUCGUAUGGGAUUUUCCAAGCAAGAGGAAGUGGAGAAUAUAUGCUAAACUAUUUGCUUGCACCUGGUGCCGAUGCUCGGCAUCCGUUGAUUGCUCAGGGCGUCCACAAGUUGCAAUGCAAUCUAUCAUGGUGGUAUGGCGAAGAAGAUUGGAUGGACAAGAAAGGAGGAGAAUUGUGUUCAAGAAUUGUAAACAAUUAUCAUAAAGAUAACAAGAGCAAUGUCAAGAUCUUCAAGAACAGUGGCCAUCACAUAUACCUCGAUACUAUCGAUGGGUUCAACCAGGCGCUACUUGAAGAGAUGAAUAAGUUAGAUUAA